AUGCUGCGUGUUGGGCCUGAGCAAAACACGGCUUUAUUAUCAGCUGAGCUAGACUCAGUCCGAAAUCUGCUUGAAGCAAAACAGCGUGAACUCAACAUGUCGAUGCAGAAAGUAGAGCAACUAACAAGUGUGCUUGGCGAUUUGCGCAAAACAUCGACAGCGACAAACGGGGCGGAAGAAGUGAACAAGCUAAACAGAGAAUUGAAUGCUCUUCACAACUUGAAUAAUGAUCAAUCCCAGCGGCUUCAAGCGCAGCGGGAUCUUCUUCGAAAGAAACAAGAAGAGUCCCAAGAAUUAGACAUGAAAAUCCUCGAACUUGCAGAUAGAAUCAACAAAAAACGAGCAGCUCAAACGAAGGGAAGCCAGAAUCAGCAAAAAUACACGAAUGUAGCUGCAGUUGAGCCCCUCGUCAAUUCAACGCAAAAUAAAAUCGGUUCAAAAAUUGACGGAUUGCCGCAAAAGGCGCAAGUGCUGAAUAAUAUCACUUCAAGGACGGAAAUUGCGCCUGAUGAUGCUGAUCGGAAGAAGCGAGGGCAGAGGCCUAUCAGUGAAAUUCUCACGCGUCAAGACCAAAAAGACUCCAAAUCAAAAUCAUCGUCUUUGGCACCGGGCAACUCGCUUUUCCAGUACCGUAAUCCUUCCGAAGAAAAGCCUCGUCCACCGCCACCAAGCUACACUGAAGCUCUAUCCAGGCGCUCCCUGCCUGGACAAGCGUCACGAGGAAAACUAGGCAUAAAAAAGCCCGAAAUUGCAUUGAUAAAGAGGAAACAGAAAAGGUUCGGAAUGGACAAGAGCAAGGCCAGGUGGGAAAUUAUCAAGAAAGCUUCGAGUAAACCUCUCGUCAGUCAAGUGUCUCCAGGAGGCGAUAAGAACGUCUUCGAUGAGUGGCGAAAACGAUACGCGAAUACCCCGCGACCACUGAAAAAGCGCUCCUCCUUCUCGGAAGCAGAAGGCAACAACUACUAUCAACAAUUGUACAAGACCUCUGAUCCGCUCUUUCGCGACCCACGGAACAUUCCUCUUGAAGAGGAAGCUGAGCAAUCAAGUCAGAGCUCCGAGAGCGAAAAUCAAAUCAAGCAGGAAGCUCCUAAAUCUUCACCAUCAAGGGGCGGAAAAGCUGAUCAAGAUGCCCCUCCGACACCGCCUCAGCGCGCACCGGAUGAAAAAUACAGUAACUCCACUCGUUCCCCGCCACAGCUGAAAAGUGCGAUCAAAAAGCCGAGAGGCAUUUUGAAGAAACAAGGCGCGCCAAGGAACAGUUCGAGACGAGUGGAGCUUGAUCCCCUGGCACUGCUUCUGGAUGCUUCUCUUGCUGGAGAGAUUGAUGUCGUCCGUAGUGUGAUCGCAAAGGUUUCAAAUCCAAGCUAUGCAAAUGACGAAGGAAUCACCGCGCUUCAUAAUGCCGUAUGCGCCGGUUAUUUUGAUGUUGUCAAAUUCUUGGUUCACUCGGGUGUCGAUAUAAAUGCGGCGGAUUCGGAUGGUUGGACGCCGUUGCACUGCGCUGCCUCUUGCAAUUCCUUACAAAUGGUCAAAUUUCUGUGUGAAAAUGGCGCCCAGAUCUUUGCCGAAACUUAUCCUGACAAUGAUACUGCCGCAGAAAAAUGUGAAGAACUGGAUGAAGGGUACGUCAAUUGUACCGAGUAUCUUUACGGAACACAGGAAAAACUUGGUGUCGUGAAUAAAGCAUCAGUUUAUGCUCUUUUCGACUACGACGCUGAAAGCUCAGAUGAACUAUCUUUCAAAGAAGGAGAUCUUCUCUACGUUAAACGUAGAGGAGAUAGUGACGAAGACAAAUGGUGGUGGAGCCGCCACUCCGACACUGGAAGAGAAGGAUACGUACCGCGAAACUACCUUGGCAUGUGGCCGAGGAUAAAACCGCCUUCGAAGAAGUAA